GUGGGAGUCAACUGCCGGGCACAAUUGCACCACGUACACCUUAUUGUACUACUACCCAGUGCAGAGCUGGAACUGGUACUACUGCGACACCGACUCGGGCGACGAAGGGCUACUUGCCAUCGACGUGUGUCCACAAUGUGGCAAGUGCCAGGAGGCCGCCCCGACCUCGGAACCGACUGCCGCGCCCACGGCGGCACCGACGGCCUCGCCGACGGCGGCGCCGACCUCGCCGACGGAGGCCGCCCCGACCUCGGAACCGACUGCCGCGCCCACGGCGGCACCGACGGCCUCGCCGACGGCGGCGCCGACCUCGCCGACGGAGGCGCCGACGCCAGCUCCUAUGGCCUCGACUACGACGGCCAAGGCUCCGACGGAAGCGCCGACGCCAGCCCCUGUGGCUUCGACUACGGCAGCCUCGGCGGCGGGCCCGGCGCCAACGCCGCCCCCCUCUGGGGAGGUAGUCGUCCGCAUGACCGUGGCGGGCGUGGACUUUGCUCUGCUGGACGCCGACGAGGACCUCCGUGCCGACUUCGAGCUCACCUGCAGGGAGACGGUGGCGGUGAAGGCGGGCGUUCCAGUAUCGGUGGUGGAGGUGCAGCUGUCUCAGGGAUCCGUGGUGGUCUUGGCCACCAUCCGCGUCCCAAGCAGCUUCCCGGCGACCGCGGAGGAGGUGGUGAGCAACCUCCAGGCAGACGACGGCAUAGGCGCCUCCAUCGUGUCCUCCGUCAGCGGGGUUGCCGGCAUCGAGGAGGCCGCCGACGGGAGCGCCAUCUUGGCCGCGGACGUGCAGGUG